GUUUCACUGUGACAGCGAAUUAUUUUGAUUCAUGUUUGCUUUCCUGGUGCUCCAGUAUGUCUGCUUUUAUUGGGUUAAGAAUUUAUUGCUUUAUCUCUGCCGUUUAGUGUGCAAUUAGUUUGGAACUUUACAAUAAGAGAAACCAGGGGAAAAUGGACAGUGAAAGCUUGUCGGAUUGUUUCACCUGUCUGCGUCGGACGGAUAACUUCCUACGUAUCUGUGAUGAAUCUAACACCGAAUGUGUGGAUCUGGUUCUAGCGAGACAUUUUUGGUUUGAUGAGAGCGAUUUUGAACUGUCGGUGCUGUGCACCAGCUGCUGGGAGAAAAUCGACGAGUUUCACAAGUUCUACUGCAAGGUAGCUGAGGUGCACAACUGGGAACUUCAGACCAAAGCGUACGUGAAGAAGGACACUGAAACAAAAAAUGGUCUCGGUAGUGGGAAAAGAGUGGAGGAGGAGAAAAUUGAAACUUCGAACGAUUUCUUCCCUGUUCCGUUGGAGGUAAAGGUUGAAAGCAUACAGCUUGAGCAAAUUGAGGAGCAGCAAGUAUUUCCCAUUGAGCAGGAGCAGUUGAAAAUGGAGUGCGACAGCGAAGAGGCCGAAGAAGGGAGUGAUGGGAAUGAUAAUCAAAAAGAUGCCGAUUUUGAGGAGGCUGAGCAGGAAGAUGAGUCCGAGGAAGAAUCGUCCAAGCCUCUCUCGGCACGAGUUCGUCGUACUGCGACUAAAAGCAGCACUCGGCGUCGCUUGCGAAAGUCCGUCUGCGCGGCUGACAAGGAUGAACUGAUAAGAAAACAUUGGGACAAACUAGCGUGCGUUCUGUGUUCAGAACUGUACGCUACGUUCAGCCUGCUGGAGAAGCACUGCUACAAAAAGCACAACACCCUGCCAGAGGUGCUGUGCUGCAACCGAAAGUAUCAACGGCAGGUUAACCUGUACGAGCACUUGAGGCGGCAUAAGACGCUGCACAAGUUCUACUGUAAGGAGUGCGAUCGUAGCUUCAAAAAUGCCGAUGGGCUUGCCAUGCAUAAAAUGCUCAAUCACACGCCGGAGGAGGAGAAAAAGUUCCACUGUAAUCAGUGUGGCAAGGCGUUUGCGGCGGAAAUUUUGCUCACCAGUCAUCUGAAUUGGCACGCUACUGUUGAGCCGAAGAAUAUCGUUUGUGAAAAGUGCAACAAGUACUUUACCAAUAGCAAACGUUUGGAGGAACAUCUGGCUACGCAUCAUCUGGAGCAAACGAAUGCAGAUGCCGUUAAUGUGGUGGAUGGGGAUAAAAAUUCACAGCAGCCAGAUGAACAAUCGGCGGAGCUACGAAUGGAUUUAGAGGGCGACGCCGGUAAUGAGAAUUCCACGAUUCGAAAACCAUGUGAGCCGCUGAAACCAUUCCAUCGAAAGUCCCCCGAAGAGUUGGCCAAAGAGGAUGAGCUGAUCCGGAAGUACUGUACCCUGAACUGCGAGCAGUGCAGUUUUUCGGCCGAAACCUUCAGCAAGCUAGAGGUGCACUACAAACAUGCCCACGACGAGCGGCGGGGUUAUGCGACGUGUUGCUUUCGCAAGUUUAGCAAAAGAAGUCGAUUGUUCGAGCAUGUUUGUGUGCAUGAGAAUCCUAAUCACUUCAAGUGCGAGAUCUGCGCGAAAACGUUCCAAAACAGUUUCGGGUUGACUAAUCACAUGAUGUGGAAGCAUACUCCCGACUCGGAGAAGCCCUUCAAUUGCGAUAUCUGUGGGAGCCGGUUCUGGAAGGAUUAUUUGCUCAAGCAGCACAUGGAAUAUCAUCUGGCGCUGGAGGAGAAAAAAUUCGCCUGUAAGGAAUGCGAUCGGUAUUUUGGAACUAAUCUUCUGCUGAAAUCGCACGAACAAACGGUACACGGGUUGAGUGCCAGCUGGGUGUGCGACAUUUGUGCCAAGGGAUUUCCACUGAAAUCAGCCUUGGAGUUCCAUCGCCAGCAGCACACUCAGGAGGGUCGAGCAGCUAUGAAGGCGCAAUGUGAUUGUUGUUACGUGUGGCUAAAAAACAGUCGCAGCUUGCAGAGCCACCGGAAGCGGUGCAAGUCCACUCCGGUUAGCUGUGAGUUGUGUGGAAAGGCGUGCUCCAACACCCAGUCGCUGCAAAGUCACAAGCGCUUCGUCCAUUCCGGUGGGCCACGCUUUUCGUGCUCUUUUUGCGCGAAACCGUUCAAACGGAUGCUUCGGCUAAAGGAACACGAGGCCGGCCACACCGGAGAGCUGCUGUACAAGUGUGAAUACUGCCCGCGGACCUGCAACUCGAGCUCGAACAUGUAUACCCAUAAAAAGGUGGCUCAUCCGGAGCAGUGGGCGGAAAAAAUGACGAGGCGAUUCCAUCAGCGGUGAAGCUGGUACAUUAGUUAUCCUAUUCCUACUAUAGUUCGUUAUAGUUUACACACUGUGAAAUAUACUCAUAUAAUGCAGUUUUUCCUUGUGGUUAAUGAAAUUUGCUUUUGAGAUGUGUGCCAUAUAAAAAUAUGUACGGCAAAGUAAUCUUCGGUAAUAAAUUUAGUAUGGCAAGCGAGACA